CUUGGACGGACUCGGGGCGCACUUCAAGAUUAAUAGGACGAGAGGGUGAAUGCAUCUCGCAGGAUGAAUUCGUGCGCGCUCUACUUUUCCCAACUGCGGGCUAUGCUCGUAAGAAAUCUCCUGUUGAAGAAACGCGACACGCGGAAAACGUUUAUGGAGGUCUUUCUACCCCUUUAUAUUCUCGGAGCCUUGAUCGUGGUGAAGGUCAUGAUACCCAAUCCAAACUUUCCUGCGAUGCUGACGCAGAAGCAUGAAGGGGAUAUAUUUGAAUUAUUCAAUGGCUACAAAAACAAUACAAUCGCCGUGGUGCCCAAUUCUACGGAAACCCUUAGCUUCUUAAGCUCCAUGAAUAGCCUCUGGCUCUCUAUGUGGGAUUAUCCAGGUAAGCUUCCCUUAAACUUUAUGAUGUUCGACACGAAGGAUGAUCUGCAAGCAGCGUAUUGGAGAGAUCCUUACAGUAUACCCCUAGCAGUUAUUUUCGAGGACCCCCAACCGAUAUCGCAGCGUCUUAUAUAUGAAAUUAGAACGAAUCCUUCAUACGUCUUGCUGCCAUCGCCAACCAAAUUAUAUUCUGCUCCGGUCAGUUGUCGAAAGAAUAAGACUAGUCACUGGGUAGUCGAUCUUUUAUCGAUAAAGACCGGGGAAGCUUGUCCCGCAGACAAUUACUUGCAUUCCGGCUUUAUGGCCUUGCAGAUGUUGAUGGAUAUCACAAAGAUAAGAUUUGUAAACCCGGGAAAUCCCGAUGUGACAGUACCGGAUAUUAAACUCAUAAUGUUUCCCAAGGAAGCGUAUACUGCUGACUGGAUGUUGGCCUUCAGAGUUGUUAUUCCACUUUACAUGGUUCUUGCGCUCUCGCAAUUCAUUACCUAUCUUCUCAUCUUAAUAGUUGGUGAGAAAGAAAAUAAGAUUAAGGAGGGAAUGAAGAUGAUGGGUUUAAACGAUUCCGUGUUUUGGUUGUCUUGGUUCAUCAUUUACAGCAUCUUCGUCUUUUUGCUCUCUGCCGUCGGAGUGGUGUUGCUCUUCACCCUGCAAAUGUUUCAACACACACAUUUUCUGCCAAUAUUCCUUUUGGUAGUUCUAUACAGUUUUUCCGUGAUUAUGUUCGCCUUUAUGGUCACGCCAUUCUUCGAUAAGUCGCGCACGGCUGGUGUUUUAGGAAACUUUGCUGUUACAAUACUGAGCUUUAUAUACUUCAUUCAAGUAUUUGUUAGUGAUUCCAGCUCAGUUACAUACUGGUUGGUUUCUUUGAUCAGUCCAACUGCAUUCGCUUUGGCGAUGGAUAAGUCUCUGGUAUUGGACCUGCAAGGUGAAGGAGUAAAUUUCGACAAUCUCUGGUCCGGCCCAGGAAUACCUUUUGGUGGCAGUCUUAUUAUGAUGACUUUGGAUAUCUUUUUGUACGGCUAUCUGGCCUAUUAUCUUGACUCCGUAAUUCCAAGUGAGCAUGGAACAAAGAGACCACCUUGGUUUUGCUUUUUACCUGGAUUUUGGUGUCCAAAGAAGGUUCAAAGGGUGCCAUCGUCGAACGGUGAAUCAAACUCGUUUAUUCCGGGUGAGGAGGCGAAUCGCGACGUGGAGCCGGUGGUGCGCGAAAUGAAAGGCCGCGAAGCGAUCAGGAUAGCUGACCUCUACAAAUCAUUCCACAAGUGCAGGCAACCGGAGAUCAAGGCGGUGAAUGGCAUCAAUUUGACUAUUUACGAGGGUCAAAUCACUGCUAUUCUCGGUCACAACGGCGCCGGCAAGACCACUCUCUUCAACAUCCUCACAGGCCUGACCGCACCUACAUCUGGCACCGCUCUAAUAUUCGGUUACGAUGUGCGUGAUUUCAACGACAUGCGAGCGAUACGCAGCAUGACUGGAAUCUGUCCGCAACACGACAUCCUUUUCGAUCUACUGACGCCGCGCGAACACCUUGAGUUCUUCGCCGCGGUGCGUGGCAUUCCACGCUCGAUGAUACGACAUGAGGUGAAGAAAACCCUAAAAGACAUUGAUCUAGUCGAGAAGGCGGACACUUUCGCACGAUAUUUAAGCGGUGGACAGAAGAGAAAACUGUCUGUGGGAAUCGCAAUCAUCGGUGAUCCCAAAAUUAUUAUUCUUGACGAGCCUACUGCCGGAGUGGAUCCUUAUUCGAGAAGACAGUUAUGGUCUCUUCUCCAGUCGAGGCGACACGGAAAAGUGAUUCUGUUGACAACUCACUUCAUGGACGAAGCGGAUAUACUUGCUGACAGGAAAGCAGUAAUCAGCAAGGGAAAGCUUAGAUGUUGUGGCAGUUCUCUGUUUUUAAAGAACAAAUUCGGCAUUGGAUAUCAUUUAACAUUAGUUUUGGAGGGUAAUGCCAGGGAACAUGCUAUUAGCCGGUUAGUAACUUCGCAUGUGAGCAAAGCGGAAAAGGCAAGACGUCACGGUCGGGAAUUGAGCUUUAUUCUGCCUCACAACUCUGUAGAAAAUUUUGCACCCCUUUUUUCCGCCAUCGAGCAUGAGAUCAAGACUCGUACGAGCAGGCUUGGCAUCAAUAGCUAUGGUGUGUCGAUGACUACUUUGGAGGAGGUAUUUUUGCAUCUGGAAAAGGACGAGGAGACCGAGUGUACAAUGGACAAUCUGUCGAAAAAGAUGGUGCGUAAUCGCGCCCUCAGUCGAUCACUUUCAUUACAGUCCAAGAGCACGUCGUAUCAGAGUUUGCAGAACGAGGGUGUAAUCGUACAAGGCGACGGUCAAGGGAAAGCUAAUGAUUUGCCGGACGGUAUUCAUAAUGAUCGAAAUCCACCUGUGCUCGGUCUCGGCCUAGAUUCCAUCAAGAUUCGGCCUAACUUCUUUCAAACAAUUUAUGCCUUGUUACGUAUAAGAGUACUCAGACUCUUCAGAAACCUCCAACUGCUAUACUUCACAAUCGUCACGCCACUGGCUCUGGUAGCACUCGGUCUCUAUCUGAACAGCAUCCGAACGGUCGAUGUCAAGAUGGAGUCGCUAAAACUUAAUAGCCAUACAUACAACGAAACCAAGAUCCUGUAUUUAAAUAAUACCGAUCACGACAUUACCAAAUUGAUAGACAGUAUAACUCAAGACGCGAAGCACAUAGAAGAAUAUGAUGGCAAUUUCGCGAAUUUAAUGAAUAUUGCGCCACAUACAGCCGCCUUCAAUAUUAACGAUUAUAAUCUACCGCUACUCAACCUGACCGUCACAUACAACGAUACGAUGCAACAUUCCCUUCCGAUAUUGAUAAACAUUCUUUCGAACGCUUAUUAUAGAUUGAUCUCGGGUAAGAAUGAAGCUACGCCAAUCGAAGUCUAUACACAUCCUUUCCAGCAAACGUCGCAACCCCAACAGUUCAGUGUCGGCGCAGCCAGCAGUGCUAUCUUUCUCGGCAUGGUUUUCAUAAUAUUGCCGAUUUCUUUAGCAGUAGACAUGGUUUACGAUCGCGAGAUUAAAGCGAAGAAUCAACUUCGCGUGAAUGGCCUGUCGUUCUCCACGUACUUUCUUAGCUACUUCAUUGUGUUAGUCGGCCUGAUGAUUUUCAUCUGCCUGUGCAUCCUCGGCAUCAUAUUCCUCUUCGAUGUGCCUUCGCUACGGGAAAUACCGGCCAUCAUCACCCUCAGCAUUCUUAUCAUGUUCUACUGCCCAUCGUCUAUCGUCUUCUCUACAUGUCUCAGUUACAUCUUCGAUAAAGUGGAUUCCGCGCAAAGCAUGUUGCCGAACAUCGCGACCUUAUUCGGGUUGCUACCGUUCAUCCUUGUCAUGAUUCUUGAUAUACAAGGACUCGGUGGGACAGCUUCGUUCGCGUUGCACGUGGCCUUUUCCCUAUUGAACAGCAUGUACGUGCCGUACGCGGCGGUGUACUACGUGGACCGCGUUCAUUUGAUGUGCUCCAUCAAUGCUGCCUGUCAUUAUCUCGCCAUGUCUGAUUACCUCACUGUGGAGAUUAUAUUGCUGGCUUUUGGUGCAUUAAUACAAUGUCCGGUUUGGUUCAUAGUACUCCUCGUACUGGACAUCAAUAAAAGCGGCGGCAAUGUCAGCGAUGUGUUUAAACACUACUUUCUGCAUGAUGGUGAUUCCAUUCGUGAGGAAAUUAUGGAAAAUUCGGAUAUCGGCGAACAUGAAGAUGCAGAUGUAAAGAACGAGCGACAAAAGGUUUUCAAUUUUGUCGUUUCAGCUCUCGGUCAAGAACCGCCUUUAGUAUUGCUUCAAAAUCUGCGAAAGGAAUAUCAACAAAAAGAGUCAGGAUCAUCCUGCUGUACAAAGCGUGAAGACGAGAGGAUGGUUGCUGUACGAAACCUCUCAUUAGCGGUAGAACCGGGUGAGGUUCUGGGUCUAUUAGGUCACAACGGCGCCGGUAAGACCACGGCAAUGAAGAUCAUCAUCGCCGAGGAGGCACCAACGAAGGGUAGAGUGCAGAUCAGUGGUCAUAACAUUAACACCCACAUGACGGAGGCUUUCCGGCAGAUGGGUUACUGUCCCCAGCACGACGCUCAAUGGAAGAAUAUCACUGUAAGAGAGCAUCUGGAAUGCUACGCUGCGAUUCGCGGUGUUCCUUGGAGCGAAGUCGACAGAAUCGUGGAUCAGUAUUUAACCGGUCUACAGAUUCACGAACAUGCUGACAAGCAGAGCCAAGAAUGUUCCGGCGGAACUAAAAGAAAACUUAGCUUCGCGAUGGCAAUGGUCAGUGGACCGAAGCUGAUUCUUAUGGAUGAACCAAGCACGGGUAUGGAUCCCAGAUCAAAGAGAUUUCUAUGGGAUACGAUUCUCGCUAGUUUCCAGGGUGGUAGAGGAGUUAUACUGACUACCCACUCCAUGGAAGAAGCAGAUGCACUGUGUUCAAGAGUCGGCAUAAUGGUGAAGGGUGAACUGAGAUGCAUCGGCUCGACUCAGCAUCUAAAAAAUCUCUAUGGUGCUGGCUAUACUCUAGAGAUGAAGCUGCAGGGCGGUGACUGUACACCGACAACACCCUCCGGUGACAGGAUCACCGGCUUGAAGGAAUUCGUCGCCGGCCUUUUCCCCGACGCCACUCUAGAGGAAAGUUUCGCUGACCGGCUAGUUUUUGCCGUGCCCCAACAUUCUGUGACCUCACUGGCUGAAUGCUUUACACAAUUGGAAAAAGCCAAGCUCGAAUUGGACAUUGAAGAGUACAGCUUUAGUCAAACUACCUUGGAACAGGUGUUCCUUAAGUUCUCGCAUUAG